AUGGACGCCAGGUCUGCGACCUCAGAACCUCAGCAUCCUUAUCCCCCAAGCCCUUGGACGGCGACUUCCGCUUCCACGACGCUUUCUGCAGAGUCCACCAGCAACGGGACUGCGCACUCGCAAUCGUCGGAAAGUCCCCCGGACGCAGCUGCUCACCCCGUCCCUGCCGGGGCCGCGGCGCCAUAUGCCCAGCUCGACUUCCUUCCCCUUCUCUUCCCCCAGCAAAACAUCUACCACGCCCAGCUUCUGCACUACAACAAGCUCAUCUCGCCCUCCCGCGGAGGUGGACUCCAGACUCCGCCCCUGCCCCCCGUCGUGUCCUCCCCCCACGUGCAGGCUGGACCCCGAUCAAGAUCAUCUAGCAGAGUGUCCUUGAAAGACGCAUCGGCCAGCAAGGGAGCCGCGUCAGGAGGCAAUGGGAACCGCUCGCAUCACAACUCCGACAAAACCAACCGUCCGGUUAUUACGUCCAAAGACACCCCUUCCAAAAUGCCCCCCAAACACUCAGUCGAGACAUCGAGGAGCGUUCCUCAACGAUCCAAUGCCGCAGCUUCUUUAGCCCACGGACAGUCCCACUCGAACUCUGUGCCGUCUACGCCUCAUCAGCAUGCUCGACAGUUUUCGUUCGAGUCACGGGAGCCUUCUCCAACUGCCGCCAACAACCAUUCCCCCCGAUCGGCAUAUUCGGAAACUAAUAGCACACUGCCCUCAUUACGGCCCCUGCCUCCUAGGCUUGGUGGAUGCAAAUACGAGACUGCUCAGAUCAAUUCGAGACGCAGAAUACCGUACUCUGUGGGAAGUGACCGACUCGAAAAACUGGACUUGCGAACUGUCAAGAACAAGCUGUCAGAGGAUGAGGAGAGAAAAUUAGCUGCAGAUAUGCGCGAGAUAUACAAUCACUUAUUACCGACCGAAGAGGUUGAAGAAAAGCGGAAAAAGCUGGUUCAGAAGCUGGAAAAAAUAUUCAACGAUGAGUGGCCCGGCCAUGAUAUCCGUGUGAAUUUAUUUGGGUCGUCGGGCAAUCUGCUAUGUUCAGAUGACUCGGAUGUGGACAUUUGCAUCACCACUUCAUGGCAAGAAUUGGAAGGAGUUUGCAUGAUAGCUGACCUCCUCGCAAGGCGCGGAAUGGAAAAGGUUGUUUGCAUAUCUGCGGCCAAGGUGCCCAUUGUCAAGAUCUGGGAUCCUGAGCUUGGUCUGGCCUGCGACAUGAAUGUGAACAAUACUCUUGCCCUCGAAAAUACCAGAAUGGUUCGCAUAUACGUGGAAGCCGAUCCUCGUGUUCGCCAAUUGGCAAUGAUUAUCAAAUACUGGACCAGGAGGAGAAUUAUCAAUGAUGCCGCUUUUGGCGGCACAUUGAGUUCUUACACGUGGAUAUGCCUUAUUAUCGCAUUUCUUCAACUCCGCAGUCCUCCAGUUCUCCCCGCAUUGCAUCAACUGCCAUAUAAGAUGCCAAGAUCAGAUGGCACCCCCAGCGAAUUUGCGGAUAAUCUUAAGAAGAUCAAAGGAUACGGCAACAAAAAUAAAUCAUCUGUCGCAGAGCUGUUGUUCCAGUUUUUUCGAUUCUACGCUCACGAAUUUGAUUACGACAAGCACGUGCUAACCAUCAGGCAGGGAAAGCUUCUGACAAAACAAGAAAAGAAGUGGAAUUAUGCUCUGAACAAUCGAUUAUGCGUCGAGGAGCCUUUCAACGUUUCUCGAAAUCUCGGAAAUACCGCCGACGAAUAUGCGUUUCGCGGCCUACACUUGGAGCUACGUCGCGCGUUUGAUCUGGUUUCCGAGGCGAAGCUUGACGAGGCGUGCGAGCAAUACGUAUUUCCGAAGGAAGAAGAGCGCGUCUGGACCCGACCAGCCCCGCAGCCCCGUCCGGUUCUUCUUCGAAGCUCGUCACAGUCACACUCUGGUCGAGGCGGGCGAGGACAUCACAGAGGCGGCCGUCACAACAACAAUUUCCACAGGGGCGGAGGGGGGUCGAAUAGAAGAGCCUCCUCGAGUAUACCGGCUUAUGAGCAAAGUAUGUUUGUGCCAUUGAGUAUGCAGCAGGACAUGUCGUGGCUCCAGACACCCCAGUACCCGUUUCAAUACGCUCAGCAGGACCUCAUGACGCAAAUAGCCUAUCAAGAGCAAAUGCGACACUUUCACAACUUGUACGCGCAGGGCCCCUUCCUUCCGCACCAAGUAAUUGGCCAGCAGCAGCAAAGACUGUCUGUCAACUGUGGUUCAGGUCAGCAGCCAUCGGACCGAUCAAGAACAAACUCCUUCGACAAUGUACCGGUUACCGCGCCACUACGACCAGAAAUAUACGCCCUGUAUGGGAUGAACAUAGGCCACGCUUUUCUUCAACAAAAUGGCUACGGAUCUUACCCUUCGAGCCCUGCAACGACGAGUAACAACGCAGCUCAAGACUUCCGCCGGUCCCUCCAAAGAUCCACAAUCUCUACCGAGGGAGGGGCAUCGACGUCAAGCAGCUCGCUUAGGUCCCAGUCGCAGCCAGCACAGAGGUCGCCGUCUGCCAACCCUGGUGCGGGCUAUCAACUGGGCAGCCAAACUCCAGCCAGCGCAACGUUGUCUGCACCGAGACAAACGAAUAACAUAACAAUACCAAGUUUUAUGCCCGAUGAUACUGAUUUUGAUGAGACGCCCAAAGCCGCGUCCGAAUCGCCAGAGUCUGUAGAUGCCAAGUCGUCUGGCUUCUUCCAAGCCAGAAGCCUGAGUCCGACUAGACCUGCCCAAUUUCAACCGCAGCAGCAGCAGCAGCAGCAUCUGCCAAAUGGUAUUGCCUUUGGAGACCUUGCCGCAAAGUCUUCGAGUCCUGAAAGACGACGACUCUCAAUAGAGCAGCUCCCUCAGACGCUGCUAGACCGAAGGAUGCGCAGAGCGUCCAGGUCUCCAUCUCCUCUAGGGCACGCCCGCGCAUUUUCCGUUGGUGGGACCUCUUCUGCCCCGUUGACAUCUACACCAUUCCCUAGUAGUCAGGGCAGCAAAGCCUCGUCAAGACCACUGGUGGUAAACGGCUCAGGAUUGAAAACUGCAGUAACCCCACCUGGUCCAUCGCCCUCGAGUAGGGCAGAAUCACUGGGGUCCGAGGACUCACCAGUGGCCGGUAUGGAGAAUGCUUUGCAUAUCAGUACAGUCCCCGUCUGGCCCGUUCAGCCUCCUGCCAACACGACAUGCCAGCCGUCGGCACCAUCCCAAGUCCAACAGGCGCCUUCACCUUGGACCUUGGACCGGCCGCCGAUUGUAGUCAAUGGAUCCAGCGCGGCGUUGUCCAUGCCACACUGUGCAGAAGACGCCUCAUUCAAAGAUCGCAUUGCGCUGAUGAAUUCCAUCUACUUGACUAGUCAAAUGAACCAACAAGAAGCCCCCAAUGGCGCCGCUGCCCGUCUCUCGCCAUCCGCCAGGCAACGCUUGAUGUCUCGACAGCCUCAAAACGGUGUCAUUGCUCCGCUGGAUCUGGCAAUUGGUGACAAUAGGGUGGGCAAGCCUGCGGCAGUCGAUGCUGCCCAUCUUUCUCCUGUAUAUGAAACGCGAACACCCUCGCCAACUACGCUUCGGAAGCAACAGCCAGCCGCGUCGAUCCCAACAUGGCUACCCAACAAGCCAGCCGCAAAGGCUGAAACAAGCAAGCCCACUCGCGUGGAUCUUCCCAAGGAGGCACUGCACAACCAGGACCACCGGCACCCUCAACUUGUCGACGCAGAGAAGGCCCAUAAGGGUCAGAAACCAUUCGUGGCAGCAGUCAAGUCGGCGCCGCAGCGAGAAAACGGACACGUGCGCGGCGCGAAGAGUGAGGGCGACGGCGGUUGGCAGAAGGCUGCUGGCAAAGGAAAGAAGAAGGCCUACAACGCAGUCUCAACACAGUCCUCGCAAGCCGAGCUCCUACCGAAGAAUGGGUUCGAACGCAAAGGCGGUUAG